UGCGGUGGUUUUUUUUGGGUUCCAGAAUGUUAGAAAACUUAGUGCAGUACGUUGAACUUAGUGCAGGAAAUUUAGAAAAAAGUAGGAAGAUAAUGGCUUAUAUUGAAAUCCCAGUAGUUUAAUAUUUAGUAUCAUAUCAGUUGAGUUGAUAACUUUUAGUCUCUAGCAGUUUGGUAAUAUUUUUAUGACUUGAAAGUUCUCAUUUUUAAGAAUGUAAAACUAAUGCCAAUCUUUUGUUAGCUAACGGAAACUUGUAAAACUACCUGUACUUAUAGGUUUGUACUAUACAGUAGUCAUCUUUUUUGUGGAAUUAUAUUAAGUGAGCUAUUUGGGCUAGUUAAAUACUUAUUAAUGACUUUUCCCAUUAGCACACAAGUAUAUUCCCUAUUAUAAAAAACUGUAAUAUUACUUUUUCAAUAACUGCUCUUUUGUUCUCAAUUCCAGUUCAGUAGCUGCUGCUUUAACAAAUAAGUUGAUUUCUUCCAAAGACCUGGGGCAGCAGCAGUGGGCUAUCACUGGGCCACUAGCUUUCUUCAGCAGCGAAUGGUAUCAAUGGCAGCACUUUAAAUACUGCUACUUUACCCAGUUGGGUUGCAAUUGACUAUGAAGAAGUAUUGCAAACCUCUAAAUGGGCCUUGGCUGUCAGACUGGUUAUUUUUUUAAUUAUAACAAGAUUUUGUGGGUUUAGUAGUUGAUCAGAACGCACCACUCUUUCAGUGUGAUGAUAGAACAAAGGGUAGAAAUAAGUGCUUGAAAAAUAAACGGGAAGGUGUUUCUGCCGUGUUAAGUGUAAGGAGUUAAAGCUUAGAUGCUCACGUUUUUUGUACAAGUUGUUUUUAUUCAGAUCUGUAAGUGUAAAUGUAAAACUCCUUGAUUUUUUAAUUUAAUACCCAUUACAGGUAGGUAGUUGAGAUACUCAGUUGAGUCUUGAAAGAAAACUUCAGGUGAAAAAGUAGUUGGAAUUUUAUGUCAAAUUUAGUUGCUUGAAUGUAAGUUGGUAGGAUUGAGUACUGAAGCAGUGAUGCAAGAAGGUAACCCCACUGUGAGUAGACGGGUUUUUAGCGGAUCAGCUAGGAAUAUUUAAGUGCAGUAUUGUGUUCAAACACAAUUUGUUAAAUUCAAAAUUUUAUUCAUGAUAGGGAAUUUUAGGAGCAAAGCAAAUUCAAGGGAAAUCUCAAACUAGUUAAUUUUCUCUCAUCAGUGAAAACUAAAGAACAUAAAGUCUCAAGUGAGCCCUGUGAGAAGGGACAUGCUAAUGAGCAAGUGACCUAAGGAAGCCAGAUUUAAAGACACUUGGGAUUUGGAUAAUCCUGGAGGUGGUUAAUCCCUAAUUGCUACAAACAGGCAAGCCUGGGGAAAGGGGCUAAAAUGCUGGAAUAUUGACAGUGUUAGAUGACCAGGUUUGCUAUUUUGUAGAUUGAGGCAGCUUUUAGCGACUUUAGAAAAGGAUUUAGGACCUAGAGCACUGGUGUGUUAAGUUACAAAGUACAGGAUCAACAGCUCAUACUUUUAUUUUAAAAUAUUUGGUCGUGGCCUCCCUUCAGUUUUAUUGUGGCACUGGUAAAUUCUACCUGGUUCUGGCAUGCUUCACUUUGAUUUCCUGCUAUCCUCUACUGCUUGCCUCUAAAUCAAGGUAAAGAGCAGAGCAGGUAUGUAUCAAUGUCACAUUGUCUCAAUUAUUUUAUAUACUUAAAAUAAACCUUAAACCUUGGUGGCAGUUUUGUAGGUAGUUUACUCUUUAGUACAUAAAUCUGAUAAGAGUGACUUGGUGGGAGUGGGGCUUCAAGUUGAAAAUUGGAACAGCAGCAUGAUAUGUAAAAACAAUGUCUUAUACAGCUUAAGAAAUACAUGCCAAGUUUUAAUCACCAAGUUUUGUCUAUAUAGCAGACACAUUUAUAUUGGAUGUCAAAAGAAUAAUAUGGUAUUUAAUAUAAUUACAGAUAAUUGUGAUCUACAUUUUAAAAUAUCAAGAGAUCGCCUCAGUGCUUCUUCCCUUACCAUGGAGAGUUUUGCUUUUCUUUGGGCUGGAGGAAGGGCAUCUUACGGUGUGUCAAAAGGCAAAGUUUGUUUUGAGAUGAAGGUUACAGAGAAGAUCCCAGUAAGGCAUUUAUAUACAAAAGAUAUUGACAUACAUGAAGUUCGGAUUGGCUGGUCACUAACCACAAGUGGAAUGUUGCUUGGUGAGGAAGAAUUUUCCUACGGGUAUUCUCUAAAAGGAAUAAAAACAUGCAACUGUGAAACUGAAGAUUAUGGAGAAAAGUUUGAUGAAAAUGAUGUGAUUACAUGUUUUGCUAACUUUGAAAGUGAUGAAGUGGAACUCUCCUAUGCUAAGAAUGGACAGGAUCUCGGCAUUGCCUUCAAAAUUAGCAAGGAAGUUCUUGCUGGACGACCACUCUUCCCGCAUGUUCUCUGCCACAAUUGUGCAGUUGAAUUUAAUUUUGGUCAGAAGGAAAAGCCAUAUUUUCCAAUACCUGAAGACUAUACUUUUAUCCAGAAUGUCCCCUUAGAGGAUAGAGUUAGAGGACCAAAGGGGCCUGAAGAGAAGAAAGAUUGUGAAGUUGUGAUGAUGAUUGGCUUGCCAGGAGCUGGAAAAACUACCUGGGUUACUAAACAUGCAGCAGAAAAUCCUGGUAAAUACAACAUUCUUGGAACAAAUACCAUUAUGGAUAAAAUGAUGGUGGCAGGUUUUAAGAAGCAAAUGGCAGAUACUGGAAAACUGAACACACUGUUGCAGAGAGCCCCCCAAUGUCUUGGAAAGUUUAUUGAGAUUGCUGCCCGCAAGAAGCGAAAUUUCAUUCUGGAUCAGACAAAUGUGUCUGCUGCUGCCCAGAGGAGAAAAAUGUGCCUGUUUGCAGGCUUCCAACGAAAAGCCGUUGUAGUUUGCCCAAAAGAUGAAGACUAUAAGCAAAGAACACAGAAGAAAGCAGAAGUAGAGGGGAAAGACCUACCAGAACAUGCAGUCCUCAAAAUGAAAGGAAACUUUACCCUACCAGAGGUAGCUGAAUGCUUUGACGAAAUAACUUAUGUUGAGCUUCAGAAGGAGGAAGCCCAAAAACUUUUGGAGCAAUAUAAGGAAGAAAGCAAAAAGGCUCUUCCACCCGAAAAGAAACAGAACACUGGCUCAAAGAAGAGCAAUAAAAAUAAGAGUGGCAAGAACCAGUUUAACAGAGGUGGUGGCCAUAGAGGACGUGGAGGAUUCAAUAUGCGUGGUGGAAAUUUCAGAGGGGGAGCUCCUGGGAAUCGUGGUGGAUAUAAUAGGAGGGGCAAUAUGCCACAGAGAGGUGGUGGUGGUGGUGGCAGUGGUGGCAUUGGCUAUCCAUACCCUCGUGGCCCAGUAUUUCCCAGCCGAGGUGGUUAUUCAAACAGAGGAGGGAACUACAACAGAGGUGGAAUGCCCAACAGAGGGAACUACAACCAGAACUUCAGAGGACGAGGAAACAAUCGUGGCUACAAAAAUCAAUCUCAGGGCUACAACCAGUGGCAGCAGGGUCAAUUCUGGGGUCAGAAGCCAUGGAGUCAGCAUUAUCACCAAGGAUAUUAUUGAAUGCCCAAAUAAAACGAACUGAUACAUAUUUCUCCAAAACCUUCACAAGAAGUCGACUGUUUUCUUUAGUAGGCUAACUUUUUAAACAUUCCACAAGAGGAAGUGCCUGCGGGUUCCUUUUUUAGAAGCUUUGUGGGUUGAUUUUCUUUUUUCUUUUCUUUUUUGUACAUUUUUAAUUGCAGUUUUAAAGUGACUCGUAAGAGAACCUCAGCAUUGUGCACGAUUAAGAGAAUGUGUCAGUAUUUCAGGGUUCUACAUUUUAUCUGUAAAAUGUGACUUUUUUUUUUAUCACAACAAAAGUAAAAUGUUGCUUUGUACCUGGUGUCUUUUAUUAAGAAUUUACUCCCCCCAUUUCUCGCAGAGAAUAACAGUCGGGAGUCAUUGUCACAAUAUAAUAGAAAUGUUAGCAACCAGAUUCAUGGAGGGACUAAGUAGUCCUCAUGAAUUACAUAAGACUCUGUACUGCUCGUAUUACACUCCAUCCUCUCUGUAGUUUGCUGGGUAGUGGAGGGGGUAAACUAAAUAGUAGUUUUGGCAACAACUUGGGAAGGCCUUUUUAAAUACCAGUGGAAUUGGCAUUAUUGGGAAUGAAGAUAAAAGUUGGAACCAAGAUAGAGAAGAUGGAGUGUAUGUAGAAGGGCUGUUAAAAAUGUAAAACUUGGUUGCAUUAUUUGUGGAGGCUCAAACUUGUGAAGGUUAAAUACCAUAAUUUUUCCAUUUGUUCUGCAUUUUGAUUCUGAAAAGAAAGCUGGCUUUGCCCAUUUCUUAUUAAAAAAAAACUUGUUGUAAAUCCAGUUGUCUAAUGGGAUCUAUAUGAAGUUAGCUAUGUCUGUAUGCCCUUCUCCCACAAAAUACUGUAUAACUAGUGUGCUUGUAGUAGUUAACUCCACCAUCUUUGUAAGCUAAUGAAAAUUGUGAGUCACCCAUUUAUAUCUUAAUUUUUAAUCAUGUCAGUUCUUGAAUGGGUAUCUCCUUAGCCUGCUGAUUUCUUUUCCUUUCUAAAGAAAGUGGGUGGAGAAAUUAAUUUAGACGUUUGUUUGCAAUAAAAAGAAUUCAUUUUA